AUGAGCGCCGCAGCGGACGUUAUCGUCCUCUCUUCAUCCCCAGAUCGCAUUCCCAACGGUUCUCCAGUACUGCCUGCUCAUGAUCCCGCGAAGCUGUUCGACUUGUCCCCGCCAAGUGCAUCUUCGUCUCCGGUACGAUCACCAUCAGAGUUAUUCCAAAUUUCUACGCGUUCCAGGUUUUUUGAGCUUGAAACCCCAUCACGGAACAAGGAAAACAAGACACCCAAGGAACCACCAGUCAGAAAGGUUAACACCACUUCUAAAGCAAAAAGCGCUUCCUCACAGGACAAACCCAAGCGGAGGGGCAGGAAGCCCGCAAGCGAGUCGCAGACGGUACUCGGUGACUCGGGACUUGCUGGCCUAGCACAACAGAGCGCACCGAAGAAAACUGCAGGCGCCAGGAAGAAGCGCGUGGAUAGCGAGGGCAAGCGUGGAAAAGCUACGAACAGAACUAUAAUGGGGAGGGUUGCGAAGUCUGGCAAUGUGCAGGCUAAACCGCCUCAGGAGAAGAUUAUGGAUGUGUCGACUCCGAACGCCUUGCCGCCAACGAAACCUGCCAGUGGGGUCGUUAGUCUAGAAAUUGAUGGUCUACAAUUAGAAACUGCUAUGAAGCGGAGAAUAGAUUGGACGCCCACUAAGGAUACUACUGCGCGAACGGUAGAGUCGAGUCAGCAGGAGGUUGCAGAAGCCAACCCCCAAAGUUUUGGUAGCCUGCUGUCUGAGUUAUUUGGUUCAUCGAAGCCAGCAUCGCAUGAUAUCGACGAUAAGAACCUCACUGAAGAUAGCCAGCAGAAACAGCCAGAACCCAAGCAGAAACCGAAGAAACAGACAAAGAAAUUUACGACACUUACAGCUCGUGUAACAGCAAGUUAUCUCAAUAACUCCCACGAGGGAUCAGAUUCGUCAAGCAAAGAAACCACUACUUCUCGAGAAAAUGCAGCAACUUCAAGAACAAGAGGCUCGAAAAGGAAAGGGAAAGCCACCUCAAAACCUAAGGAGCCCGAAUUCAUAGUUCUUUCACCCGAAGCAGCUGCAAAGUCGCUAGAAAACCAAGAACUCAUUUUCGGAACUUGUAGUCAAUUAGAGCGAGAGGAUUCUCCAACCUCGCUAAAAGAGCUACAGGCAGCCAUCAGUGAGUCGGAGAGGUACGCUGUGGCAGAGCCCUCUCCUCUGAGUUCAACACUAUGUGCAACACCCACCUCACGGUUUACUACUGCAAGAGGUCUAUGGUCUGUUGCAGCCAGAGACUUAGAAGGGUCAUUGAUUCGCCAAACGGAAGUUGUGGACUUGGUGGAUACACCUGAGCCUGCUAAGAUGACGACCUCGACCAACGAUAGCCGUAAUGAGAAGGCGUUGGAGGAUGCAGCCACUGUCCCUCCUAAAGAACCGUUUGAUUUGCCCAAGAGUGAGCCCCCUAAGCUCAAAGCUAUCCCAGCCGCGAAGAAAGAACCAUCCCCAGCACCUGGUAUGCCCACGAUUAAAGCUAGCGACAACCUUAAAGGAACCACCUCGCAACAUUCCAAGCCGCAACCUAAGAUGCCGAAUUACAACGGCUUCACGGAUGCCGAAUUGUCGAGACAGGUCGCCUCGUACGGUUUUAAGCCCGUAAAGAACCGAAAGGCAAUGAUCGACCUUCUUCAAAAAUGCUGGGUGUCUAAGCAUGGUAAAGGCACAACCUUCGAAACCCAAGCUGGCUCGCAAAACACAUCUACAGAACCAACUCCUGUCCUCACCUCUUCCGAACCCAACACAUCUCAGAAACAGCCACGCAAAACCGCUACCUCACGAAAAACAGCCGCAAAGUCCAAAACAAACCCCGACUCAAACCCACCCCCAAAAAUAAAUUCCAGGAAAACGCCAUCAAGCAGCGAUGCUACCAAAGCCCCGAGCAUUCAAUCAAAACCAACUCAACCACCGCCGAUACAGUCCCUCAGCAACGUCGAAGAAAUCGAAGACUCAGAAGAAGAAACCCUCCCUUCACCCUUCCGAAUCCAAAACAGAUAUACACCCCAACCCCCCGAAACCAGACAAGCCUUACCUGUCUCAAAAACACUAUAUAGCCCAUCUCGCCCCAAACCCCGUACCACCAAGUCAACGACUAAUAACAGCGCAACCCUCAAUCAGAAACAACCAGACUUAGCCGACCAAAUCUUCAAGGCCAUGCACGCACAGCCAGCCGGAACGCCUAGUCGUCCGAGCUGGCACGAAAAGAUCCUCAUGUACGACCCCAUUAUCCUCGAGGAUUUCGCCACCUGGUUGAACACCGAGGGUCUAGGUCUCGUUGGCGAGGAUCGGGAAGUCAGUGCCGCUUUCUUGAGAAAAUGGUGUGAGAGUCGGGGGAUUUGCUGUUGCUAUCGAUGA